UUUCUAUCAAUUUGUUUUGAUUUAUUUUUGCAACCCAGUGAUGCUCCCGAUUAUAUCAUUGGUAAAGGAAAGGAGGGACUAACCUAAUGACACUGCACCCUGCGGUCUGUAUGCCAUAUCUUAUACGUAUCAGUGUUAAUAGAAGGGAACCAUCACUAAAAAGCACAAGUAAGGAACGCGCAAGUAUCAUCUAGGCAACAGUUGUAUGAAUGCAUUGCAAGGGAAAACUAGAUCGGAAGAGAAACGUAUUUCAAAACAGAGGUAGACAACAAAAAAGAAGAAAGAGGCAAUACACAUUCGACUACAUUCGUUAAAAUUAACUUGAAGGAUGAGAGAUGCAGAGUGUUGAAGAAAGAGAAAUAAAAAUAACAGUAAGAAAAAGGAAAGAAAGUAAGUAGAGAGGUAGACAGAAAACGGACUGAUGAUCUCGAUAACCGGAAACCGAUCUCAAAUCACGAAGAACUUGUAAUCGUGGGCUAAGUGUGUAAUUUUGCUGAUUCUAAACCCACGAGCACGUGGAGUGCAUAUUCAAGGUGUAUCGGAAAAUUGACGAAAGUAUGUUUUGACGACGUGAGAAGAUACCAUGCGGCCGCAGGAUCACAAAAGAAGACAAUGGAGAACUUUGAAUUCCACGUGGAUCAUGCUCCUUGUGCGCUCACUGCUUUUGCUAGUGUUUGUCGUAUCAGAUUUGCAAAAUGCGGUAAAUGCUGUACUGCAAGAUGCAGAGAAGAACGUGACCGAUCUGAUUAAAGCCAUGGGGAUGCAAAAACAACUUUUCGGUGUACAAAAAACGGAAAGUCGUUGCGGAGAUGACACGGUUGCGUACGAUAUUAUGGAGGCUGCAAUUCUGAUGACUUCUACCAAUAUACUAUUUCCGAUCGGCAUACCACAGGAUUUUUCUAUCUUGGUUGUUGCAAAGCCGAAAACUAAUGAGCCAACGUUUAAAAAUUACUCCACGUCGGUACUCUUUACUAUCUAUGGUGACAACGGCGAGGAACAAUUGAUUUUUUCGCUGGGACGCGACAUUAAACUUUUCUAUGGUACAAAUCCGGACGAUAAGAAUAAACCAAUUUCUUUUGGCGCCGAUGUUUCCGACGGACGAUGGCAUCGAUUGGGAGUUAGCAUCAAGGGUGACGCCGUUACCAUUAUUCUCGAUUGCGACAGACAAAUCACGAGAAAGCUGCGGAGGAAUCUCGAGAAAACAAUCACUGGCGGAAUCAUUAUAAUUGGACAGCAACUUAAGGGUGAUUUAUAUCUGGGAAGUCUCGAAAUGCUAAAGAUUGCUCCGAAUCCAGACGCUGCUUACGAAAUUUGUACAAUAUUUGCGCCAAACUGUAAACAUCAAUCAAGAUUGAAUUAUAACACAGCUUUCAAUGAAAAUAAUUACAAGGAGAAGAACAAGAAGGACUCGAAUAAAAAUAAUAACGAGGACUUUUUACUUCAUGACAGGAGAAAUAAUAUAUUUCGAUUAACGAUGGAGAAUACCACAUCUUACGAAGUGGAAACGACGACGACUCCGAGUGUGUACAAUACGGAAUUAAUUUAUCAGAAUUCCUUUUAUGGAGAAUCAACAAGUGAUCUUUACAAUGAAAAAUAUGAAAAUACUCGUGGUCCAUCUGGACCUCGUGGGUUUCCCGGACCGCCAGGAGUACCCGGUCCUCCCGGCGAAAAGGGCGAACCUGGUCGAGAUGGACUGGCUGGAAUGCCAGGUGUAACCGGUCCACCAGGUAACAUCUUCGUGAUACCUUCGUUGAAUCAUCAAGGUAACGACAAGGGUCCAGACUCUCAGGCAGAAAUGUUACGGCAGAUGAUAUCGCAGCAUAUGCUUGCAAUGAGAGGCGUAGAAGGUCCGAUGGGCCUUACAGGCGUCCCGGGUCCAGAUGGACCACCUGGACCUCAGGGUCAAAAAGGAGAACCUGGUGAAAUUGGUGAACCUGGACCUAGAGGAGAUCAAGGAAAUCCUGGAACUCCUGGCAGGGAAGGUAGAAGAGGUCAUCCCGGUAGAGAUGGCGAACGCGGCCUUAGUGGACCGCUAGGGAUGAAAGGUGAGCCAGGACCAAUAGGAUUACCAGGUCUACCAGGUGAUAAAGGUGAACGAGGUUUUCCGGGAACACCUGGAGAAUCAGGUUUACCGGGCCACGAAGGAAUGCAGGGUGAAGAUGGUCCUCCGGGUUUAUCAGGUCUACCUGGUGAAAUGGGACCAAGAGGAUUUAUUGGGCCAAGAGGUUUUCCCGGAUUACCGGGCAAUCCUGGUAUUCCUGGAAAUGAAGGACCACCCGGUAUUAAAGGUAACGAGGGUCCGCUUGGUCCACCUGGUGCACCGGGUCAACCAGGACCUGCAGGCUCAAUAGGACAGCCCGGUUCUCAAGGACCACCAGGGCCGAUUGGUUUAGUUGGUCCACAAGGAAAGCCCGGAAUUCCCGGUCUUCCGGGUGCUGACGGAUCUCCUGGGCUUCCGGGCAAUCCUGGAAUCACAGGGAUAAAAGGCGAGCAAGGUCCACCAGGUUCACCGGGACCGGUAGGAUUUCCAGGUGUCCGAGGUGUAAAGGGUGACGAGGGACAACGUGGUUCACCGGGUGAACGCGGUGAAAAGGGUGAGAGAGGUUUGGAAGGCGAAAAGGGCGACGCUGGAGCGAAAGGAGAGCCUGGAAUGACAGGGCCACAAGGAAUUCCUGGUCUCGAAGGUUUAGAAGGACCAAAAGGUGUCGAGGGUCCUCGUGGUGAAACUGGGUCUGCUGGCUCGCCUGGAGAAAAGGGAAAGUUAGGCAUACCGGGAUAUGUUGGUUAUCCUGGAAAUCCUGGAGAAAAAGGGGACAAAGGGCAUCAGGGAAUUCAAGGAUCAAGCGGUGAUAAAGGAGAAAGAGGAAACAGCGGAUUACAAGGAGAACGUGGUCCAACAGGUCCACGGGGAUUUAGAGGAACACGUGGUAGAAGAGGUGCGGAAGGAUUACCAGGAUCAAAGGGUGAUACUGGUCAACCAGGACCCGUUGGAUCGUUAGGCGAGGUCGGUCCUCCCGGUGUUGAAGGUCCACGUGGAUUUCCAGGACCAUCAGGUUUACCAGGUCUCGAUGGAAAAGACGGUAUACCAGGUCCACCUGGUGAGCGUGGUCCAAAUGGUGAACCAGGUACUCCAGGACUAUCGGGAAUUCCUGGUGUUAUUGGUCCUCCAGGACCACCUGGAGAAAUUGGUCAAUCAGGCGAAUCUGGACCACCUGGUAAUCCAGGGGCUCCAGGUGAAAUUGGUCUCCCGGGUGAACAAGGAAAAGAAGGUCCGCCAGGUCCGCUCGGCUUGAUGGGACUCAAAGGAUUGCCAGGUCCUGGCGGAUUACCUGGAUUUCCAGGUGAAAGAGGUCUGAGCGGUCUGCCGGGAUUACCUGGCUUGAAAGGUGAGAUGGGACCUGUCGGAAUUCAGGGACCGCCUGGUGAUAAGGGUGUUCAAGGUGAGUCCGGUAAAGAUGGAUUACCAGGCCCAGUAGGAAAGCAAGGAUCUAAAGGCGACAAGGGUAACACUGGAUUUAAAGGCGAAAAAGGCGAUCCUGGACCAGCUGGUCCUGUAGGUCGUGAUGGUCAACCAGGAUCGCGGGGUGUACCUGGUCCUCCCGGACCAGCUGGUUUUCCAGGCGAAGAUGGUGAUAAAGGAAACAUAGGUCCACCAGGUGAAAAGGGUUUUAAAGGGUCUCAGGGAGUCACAGGUCUUCCGGGUCCGUCAGGAAUACAAGGACUACGUGGCGAAUCUGGCGCAGUAGGUCCUCCUGGAGAAAAAGGACCACCAGGAGAAAUUGGACAGCGAGGGCCGAAAGGCGAGGUCGGUCCGGUCGGAGCACUUGGAGCAGCUGGGCCUGUAGGACCGAAUGGUUUACCGGGUCAACCAGGUAUAAAAGGCGAAAUCGGAGAUCCUGGAUCGAUUGGUCCUAUAGGGCCACCAGGAUCUCCGGGAGAACGAGGCCCGAGGGGAUCAAAGGGUAUCAAAGGUGCAGAAGGUCCGCCAGGUCCAGAAGGUCGUCAAGGUGAAAAAGGAGACAGUGGAACUCCAGGAUCUCCCGGGAAGCCAGGAGUAGAGGGCAUACAGGGAGAAAGAGGUUUACCUGGAAUGAAAGGAGAGGAAGGCAAGAUGGGACUUCUUGGACUUUCUGGAUUACGAGGCCUAACAGGUUCUGAGGGACCAAAAGGUGACGUUGGAUUACCCGGUCUUCCUGGUCCUCCUGGAGAACCUGGCCUCAUAGGCGCGAAAGGCGAAUCUGGAAAGGAUGGCGAAGAUGGACGAGUAGGCGAUCCUGGCGUACCAGGCGAAGCUGGACCACCUGGCAAGGAAGGAUUACCAGGUCCUCCUGGAAAAUCGGGCCCAGAAGGACCGGCGGGUCUACAAGGUAAUACAGGCUUGCCAGGAGAGAAAGGAGAUAUUGGUCUUUCUGGAGCGCCGGGUCUUCAAGGACGCAUCGGACCUCAAGGUCCUCCUGGUUUGCCUGGUUUGCCAGGAGAAAGAGGUUUACCAGGUGUGGCUGGAGAAAACGGCCCCUUAGGCAUGCCCGGAGCCAUUGGAGCUCCCGGGAUAAUCGGACCGAUUGGUACGACAGGCCAAAAAGGUGAUAAAGGUCGCAGAGGCAUUAAAGGACAUCGAGGUGAACCAGGACUCGUUGGAAUCAAAGGCGAUCAUGGAAAGCAAGGAGAAAAAGGUGAUCGCGGACUGCCUGGGAUAGAAGGGCCCAAAGGGGAUCCUGGACGUCCAGGUCAUACUGGACCUAGAGGGGAACAGGGAUUUAUUGGACUACCUGGACCACCAGGACCGUCCGGACCGAAAGGAAAUGCGGGAAAUGACGGAAUGCGAGGUGAAGCAGGUCCGCCGGGUCCACCAGGACCACCAGGACCGCCUAGCAUGCCAAUGGGACAGUUGGAUUUUGAGGGGAUAAUACCGCCGGUGAUAUUCCGUGAUCAAUCAGCCAAAAGAAAACGUGAUACGCUCGAAGAUAUUGAGGAAGAAGAGAUAUUUGAAAAGAAGCUCUCAGAUAUAAGCAAGUCCUUUUUCAACAUACGACAGGAAUUGCAUCUAAUGCGUAAACCAACUGGUACUAGAGAUAAUCCAGCAAGAACAUGUAGAGAUUUAUAUUAUGGACAUUCCGAUUUUAAGGAUGGUUGGUACUGGAUCGAUCCAAACCUGGGGAUGCCUGACGACGCUGUCAGCGUUUUCUGUAACAUGACGAACAUGGGCGAGACCUGUGUCUUUCCAGAUAUCCACAGUAGUCAUAUGCCGAGCAUACCAUGGAGGAAAGAAGAUAAUAAAACUGAUUGGUACUCGCAUUUACGCGGAGGAGGCAGAAUAAGUUACGAGACGAUUGGAGUGGUACAGAUGAACUUUCUGCGUCUGCUGAGUCAAGAAUCUUAUCAGAACUUCACGUACACGUGUACGAACAGCAUCGCCUGGUACAACAGCAAGAGUCGCAGUUAUAAUCUCUCGCUGCGAUUACUCGGCAACAACGAUGACGAAUUCUCGUACGACGGUAUCAAGCCUCAACUUAUUGCGGACGAUUGCAAGAGCCGGAGUGGCAAGGGGGAGAGCGUGUUCUUAAUUAGUACCAAAAAGCUGCAACAACUGCCACUGGUCGAUUUUUACCCGGUCGAUUAUGGAUCCCCGCUACAGGCUUUUGGUUUCAAAGUCGGCCCGAUUUGCUUCAAAUAAGCCAGUGAUCGUAUCACACUAUCUUUUGGCAAUUAUUAAUUUUUGCAAAAUUAAAUAAUGACAUUAGAAUUUGCAAAAAAUUUUUUUUAAUUAUUUUGAACUAGGCAAAGUGUGUCUUUAGAUUUUUAAAUGUUGAAAACGAUACCGUAAUUUUUAUAUACAAUACGUAAAAUUUUUGAAAUAAUUGAAGUCUGGUUUAAAGUAAUUUUUAGCAUAAAGAGAAGUAAUUGAUGAUACAUGAUUAUGUACGAAGAUUAAGUGCAAUUUAUUGUAAAGUUCGAUUUACAUAUAAUAAUUCAAGAAAUAAGAGAUUAUCGAUUUAUAGCAUUACUAAUUUUAUGUUCACGUUUUAAUAUUUUCUGUACAAUACAGGCUGACGUUUUUACACAUAUGAUAAUUUAUAUAUGAAUAGUAUGUUUAAUAUGUGUAUAAAUAAAAUGGCGUGUGUUGAACAUUA